AUGGCAGACUCAGCAGUAUACCAUGACGGCAGCACAUCGUCUCUCAACGCAGUCCACUGCUACAUCACAACCCACAGCGCAGACGGUAAAGCCGUCUUCCACGACCCUCCAUCCGGCACCGAGCUCGUAACCCCGCAACGGGUGGGCGAAGCCGCCCUCAACGUCCACUAUACAACCAACUCCGUCCCUGUGCAAGUCGCAAACGACAGAGACCUAACCGCGUUCUACGAGCAACCAACACCCGUCCCGAUCGCGCUCCGGAAUGGAUCGGUGCUGCGGAUGGUUGAUUUGGCGCCGGGCGGGCAGUCCCCCAUGCACGCCACCAAUAGCGUUGACUACUGUGUCGUGAUUCAGGGGGAGGUUAUAUUGAUACUCGAGGAUUUUGACAGCGGUCCUCGACGGACAAUGAAGGUGGGUGAUGUCAGUGUACAGCGGGGCACUUCGCACGCGUGGCAGAACGGAAGCAGUACGGAGUGGGCUAGAAUGCUAGCUGUCGUGCUUGACGCUGAGAUUCCGGGAAGAGAGGAUAACUCUGGUGGUAUCGAUCUCCCAAAGUAA